UACCACUUGGCAGUCGUUCAGAAAUUUCGCCUAAAAACAUUCACCUGCAGUCAUUUUAGUGCCGCCUGAGUGCUACCUUCGGCACUGGGCGAAAGUCUUGGAAAAUUCAAAAUUGCCGAAGAGUGCCCUGGUGUUUUGGACAACCAGCAGAAAAGGCCCUCGUCAUUCCAUCAGGCUCCUUUUACCAACACAGCCCGGAGGGGCCUCGGAUAAUUGCUGAAAUAUCUGACUAACAAUGGAACAAUUUGAGCAACUGCUGACUUGCGCGAUAUGUCUGGAUCGUUAUAGGAACCCGAAACUCUUGCCAUGUCAACACAGUUUUUGCAUGGAACCAUGUCUGGAGGGUUUGGUGGAUUAUGUCCGGAGACAGGUAAAAUGCCCAGAAUGCCGCGCCGAACACCGCAUUCCCUACCAAGGCGUCCAGGGUUUCCCCACAAACGUAACCCUCCAAAGGUUCCUGGAACUCCACAUAGAAAUCACCGGCGAACUACCAGAUCCGACCAGCGGUCAAGUGAUGGAACGGUGCAACGUCUGCUCGGAGAAGGCCUACUGCAGCAUGUGCCACCACUGUGAUAAGAAAGUCUGCGAAGAUUGCAAGGGAGCUCACAUGGAAAUACUACGUCGCGAGAUCUCCAGAAUAAAUAACCAGAUACGUAGAGGCGUUCACAGGCUUCAGGAAUCUCUGAAUCUCAUAGAGAAGAACACGCACGGUCUUCAGGCAAACUGCCUUUCGGUAGGCGAGGAAGUUGAGGAAAUAUACAGGAGAUUAUCGAAAGCUCUUAAAGACAGAACAGAUUAUUUGAGGGGGGAAAUCGAUAGAUAUUUAGGUACCGAACUGAGAUGUUUGAAUACCUUGAAAGACAACCUGCAACAAGAACUUUCCAACAUCGUGAGCAACUGUGAUCUGGCCGAUAAAUUCAUGACAGAAACCUCAGAUAUUUGGGACGAUUGCGAACUGAUGGACGCCAAAGAAAUCUUUCUAAAAACGGUGGAGUUCAUAAGGAAUUUCGAAUAUGAGAAUACCGAUUACAGCAGAAAAGUAAGGCUCGUACUCGCUCACGACCCAAAUCAACUAGUUCUUCACGUGGCUGGUUUUGGAGACCUGAAUAUCACAACUCCAACGCAUCCUUUCGGUCAGAGCAGCGCGUUGUUACAGCCACCUGGUGGUAGCCCCGGUCUCAUGAGAUCUAAGAGCGAUCACAGAUUGGCCAGUCAGUUCAGACAGAACGAAGAGAGAGGUUACGGGGAUAGAGAUCAGGACGAAACUUUACUUGGUGGUAGAAAGUUUGGUGAAAGACCUCAAAGAACUGGCGGAGAGAGCUCACGUUAUGAUAGGUACGGCAGGACUGGAGGAAAUGAUUACGGAGAGGACUACGAUUCCGAAUCGAGACCAGCUCGCUCAAGAUACAGCAGGUUCAGACGUCAUAAUGCUCCAGAGAACGAAUCAGAUACCGAGCAGACGUCAAGGGUGAGAUUCAACGAACAAAAAGUCGAGAGAGAAAGAGUAUUGGACACUGAAGAUGUAGCUAAAGGACCUUUGAGUGGUAUAACUAGACUUGCAGACUCACCUCGAGUCAUGCGUAAGUUGCAAGAAAACGAAAGCGGUAAAAAGAAAGAGAAAGAAACUCCUCCAGCUCCCCCACAACCCAAAGUACUUCCAAAACGUCCACCGCCACCUGCAACUAGACAGGUGAGUGAGGAGGACGAGAUAUCUAGAAUAAAAAAACAAAACAAGGGUGCUACGACCUCUACCACAGAAACAGAAAGGGUGGUCGAGAGACCCCCAAACGAAGAAAGACUUAGCACUCAAAGGAAAACUCCAGCUCCUGAGGCCGUGUCCGAUGGUGAAGAAUCUGAGGAAUCAGUCAGUUCGUUGCAACAAACGCAAAGAAAAACGGCGGCUAGUAAAACGGCCACAACUGGCAGGAGACUUUCAGAUGUGGGACAUAAAAAAGCAGGAAGGUCACCGAGCACUGAAUCCACUGCGUCUUCUGAAUCUUCUACAGCGUCCUCAACUAUACGAAGCACUGGUGCUCCAUAUUCUACCGAAGAAGUCAAGCAGAAAUACCUGACGCGAGGAAAUUCAGGAUCAAACGAAUCAGAUACACGCUCGCGCGUGUCAUCCAUCAGCUCCAACAAGGAAUCUGCUCCGCAUAAACCUUUCCAGAGUAGAUUUUUGAACAAAACUCCUACAACACCACCUCCACCGUCCAAAGAAGAAGACGAGGAUGAGACAGAGACAACGUCUGAGGAAGAAACAGAGUCGGAAGAAGAAUCUGACGAACCUUCUACGAAAGCUGAAAGUAAGGAAAUGGCUAGAUCUGACAUUGGACCGUUGUUGGCGCGUAGUGCUAAUGCUAGGGAAGGAAGUGACAGUUCUAGAAAGACAAGUAGGGAAGAACCAAGUUCGGUGAAAUCGAGAUACUCAAGUCAGAAGGAGGAAUCACCUAGUAGUAGGUACUCUCGAAGUAGAACUUCGUAUAAACCGGCGGAAGAAGAACCUCAACGAUACGGAUACACUAGUAGGUUCUUGAAUAAAAGUAAAAGUUCAGCAGCUAUACCGCCAGAUGAUGACGAUCUUCCUAGAUACUCUUCCAAAGCGGACGAUGACAGCAAAUAUCCCAGUGGAAGAUCGAGAUACAUGGCGUUGAAGGAUAGGCGUCAAAGAUUAGCGAGGAGUAAGAGCAGCCAGCAGUUCGGCGAGGACGAUGACGUGGACGAACCAAUGUCUCCCACUUCGGUCAAUCCAACAGCCUACUUAGCAAGUAGAGGUUAUGGCUCUACUACAUCAUCUAGUAAUGAUUUAGCUAGAAGUCGCUCUUCACACGCUUUAAAAUCCAGAGAUAAUUCUCCGGACAGAUCUACAGCAACUGAGAAAGAUGGAGCAGCGUUGAGUUCAUGGGCGAGAUAUCUGAAGAAUAAAUACGGAAAUAGAUCUAGUGGUAAAGACAAAGAUAGCACGGGAGUAUCCGGAACGUCAUCUGGUAGUUCUUCCGCUGCUAGAAGAUUAUCCCUUGGUCUCCCCCUGAGGAGCUCUACAGAAUUAGCAAGCUCUGACGAUGAUUCAAAAAACAUGGCAGGCUCCCCCACUACCCCUACAGCAGCUACGGCAGCAGCCGGUAUCGCAGUGGCAGGUACAUUCCCUAGAAGUCAGUACCUCCAAAAGUGUCAACAGCUGUUUCAAAUUGGUAGUAGGGGGAGCGAAGCCGGAUGUUUCACCUGGCCGCGUGGCGUGGCAGUCGGACCGGACAACACCAUUGUCGUUGCCGACUCCUCCAACCAUAGGGUGCAGGUGUUCGAUUCCAACGGAAGGUUCAUCAAAGAGUUUGGUCAGUACGGCAACGGAGAAGGAGAAUUCGAUUGCUUGGCAGGGGUCGCCGUCAACAGGAUCGGCCAGUUUAUCAUCGCUGAUAGAUACAAUCAUAGGAUACAGGUAUUUGAUCCGUCUGGGAGAUUCCUUAGGUCCUUUGGUAGUCAAGGAAGUGCAGAUGGGAGGUUCAAUUAUCCGUGGGGUAUAACAACAGAUGCUUUGGGCUUCAUAUACGUUUGCGACAAAGAAAACCAUAGAGUACAGGUUUUUCAAUCCGACGGCACCUUCGUGGGCAAAUUCGGAUCAAUGGGCAACAAAGAAGGCCAGCUUGAGCAUCCUCACUACAUAGCCGUCUCAAAUACGAACCGUGUUGUCGUCUCCGACUCCAACAACCACAGAAUCCAAAUAUUCGACGUCAACGGCAAGGUUAUCACACAAUUCGGCACCGAAGGUUCAGAUGAAGGCCAGUUCAAGUUCCCGAGAGGGGUGGCAGUGGACGAUCAAGGAUACAUCUGCGUGGCGGACUCCGGGAACAACAGGAUCCAGAUUUUCCACCCCGACGGUACUUUCUUGAGAGCCUUCGGGUGCUGGGGCAUCGGAAAGGGAGAGUUCAAAGGUCUGGAGGGCGUGGCCAUGUCGCCGACCGGACACAUACUGGUGUGUGAUCGGGAAAAUCAUAGGAUACAGGUGUUUUGAGGAUUUUUUAAUUCCGGGUGAAAUGUAACGAUUGGUUUGAGUUUUUUGGAAUAAUAAAACAUGCUGCAUUUGUU